UUAGCAACAAUGUCAUAAAUUAAGAAACAAGAUGUGGUUCCAUUGGUUGAAUGAUCCACAAGAAAUGAUGAGGCCACAAUUCACAAGAUUUGUUAAGGAAGAGUUGUUUAAAAUGAGAUGUGGAGAGGAACUCAUAAUUGUUUCACUUGAUCAACGAGGAAGAAUUGCUCACUCAAAUGUCAUCCACAUGAUGCUCACCUGGACCUCCGAUAAUAUUGAACAAAAUACAAUACAGGUAAAGGUCGUUCCACAUAACAUAAGUCUUAUCAUACAAAACGAGUUGAAGCAAGGGAUUUACGGUAUUGAAGCAAGCUCGGAAUCCUGGCAUGUGGGACCUAAAAUAGACUCAAUCACAAGCGAUUUGGUACGUAACAUCGAUUCACAGAUAAAUGCUUGGAAAAUGGAAGUUAAAGGCAUAAUUGAAGAAGUGACAUCACAAUCUACACCGUAUGACAGCGAAAAGGAGAAACUUUUGUGGCAACAACAAACUGCUUGGACUCUUCAUCUUCUGGCACCACAAAUAAAUGAUUGGAUUCAUGAGGAAAAAUAUAUUUUCUUAUAUGGAGGAAACAACAUUAAAUGGAUUCGAGAAUUCAUUUUCAAGGUACGUGAAGUUGCCUCCAAAACCCAAAUGAACUUUGAGUUGGCCUACAUUGGGAAAAACAAAAUGAUAAGAGGAAUCAUUAAUAAAGAAAGAAUGAGUUAUUGCGCAUUGGAUGAUUCUUUUGGAGUAUGGUGGUUUUGGGCCCGUCUUCGAAGUAUGUUUUUGUCAAGAAUUCAAUAUUUAGAGAUGACUAAUCACCUUGUCAAAGAAUACAACAAUGAUGAAAUUUUGCAAGGACUCAAAAAAUUAUUGUCCAAUGAAAACAAGAAUGCAACAAUUGAAGGAUGGGUGUUAUUAAGCAAAGGAUCAGAAGUGGUUGUAUGUGGACAUGGAAGUAAAAUGUUGCAAGCCAUAAAUGACUACGAGAUUUGGAAGGAAAACAUAGAUGCCACCAAAAGUUUUGGCCAGGCAUUCAAAGACCACCAUGAGAUUCUUUCCAAGGAUAAGCAUUCUUGUUGUACCCUUGAAUAUCCAAUUAGCUUGAGCAAAAUUCCUGAAAAUGAAAGAUGUCCUGAAUGCUCUCGCCGUAUGCAAAAGUUUUUAACUUUCACUUGUUGCCAUGAUCCCGAUGUUGAUUAUGAUAGCGAUGAGUAGUACUUCAUGGUGUAUUUGAUUUUUAUAAAUUUAUUGAACUCAAUGUUAAUUUUCAUCAACUUACAUUUUUA